AUUGCUUAGACUCAAAAUUUCUGGGCAGGAUCAAGAAGGUUUAGUGUUUUAUCAUGGGUAGGUACUUAAUGGGGACGCAUCCAAUCCCGCUGCUCCUGUUCGCUAAUGUGUCACAUCUUACUGGGGCGUCACAUGUGUCACAUGUCAGACUCAGGUGUCGAAGCCCCUCCGCAUACAUCUGUCCGCCCUGCCGGGGCCCGCUUGCUUGACAUAGUUGGUUGCUUCAACCUCGGUACGAAGAGGCUGUCAGAUUCUAUGUCAGUCGUGCGUAUAAUAUCCGUCAGCUCCCGAGCGCACCGCACGCUUCGGACUUGCAUAAAUAGCUAGCUCUUUCUCUAGUAUCUUUACCCUCCAGCUCUAAAUCAUGGUUGAAACAGUUACACUCUCCAAUGGCCAGACCAUGCCCACUCUUGGGCUCGGUGUCUACAUGAACGAGGAAUGUGCGGAAGCUUGCAAGGUUGCCCUUCAAAAUGGCUACCGAAUGAUUGAUGGGGCCCGGUACUACGAGAAUGAAGUUCAAGUCGGUGUUGGAGUGGGUAAAAGUGGCGUUAAGCGCGAAGACGUCUUUAUCACUUCCAAGGUCUUCCAUAAUGAUUUCACCUACGAUGGCACGAUGGCUGCUUUGAAAGACUCGAUUGCGAACCUUGGAUCUUCGUAUUAUGAUUUAUACCUAACCCACAGUGCCAUUGGAGGCAAGGACGCACGUCUUUCUGCCUACAGGGCUCUUUUGGACGGCAAGGCGAGCGGGAUGAUCAAAUCUGUCGGUGUCUCAAAUUACUCAGCAAAGCACAUAGAAGAGAUUCGUGAGGCUGGUCUAGAGAUGCCAGUUGUGAACCAAAUAGAGUUACAUCCAUUCUGCCAGCAAAAACCCAUCGUCGAAUACUGUAGAAAGAACAACAUCGUUGUCCAGGCAUACUCGCCUCUUCUGCGUGGUGCUUUUGACAACCCGGUCAUCCAGGAACUCUCCACAAAGUACUCCAAAGAUCCUGCUCAGAUUCUUGUCAGGUGGUCUUUACAACGAGGAUUUGUGCCUCUACCCAAAUCCUCGCAGCCAGAACGUAUCAUAUCUAACGGCCAAGUAUUUGAUUGGAAUAUCGAACCUACGGACAUGGCAAAGCUUGACGCGUUGGACCGUGGGAAGGAAGGCGCAGUUACCUGGAAUCCAGUCGAUGUCGACGUCGAAUAAGGAGUUAGGUCACCGACCUCAGGCCUCAGGGCUACCUCCUUGUCAUCACAAGUUUUAGGUAGCAAUGUGCUAGUACGAACAAAGAAUCCGACUCCUUCGUUUGGGAGUAUGUAAUACAACAACGUUCAAAAACACAUACCA